UUUGCCCGUUUGGUGGUGCUUUAUUUGUGGUCGGUAUUCUCGUCUAUUGUGAACUUCUAUGAUACCCAGAAAACUUAAAUUAAACUUUUAACGACUCACCACCGACGACCAUGGCUGAAGAUGCAUUACCUGACACUGAAAGUACUCAAACGCAAACUCAAAAUUCACAAGUAGAAUGGAGCCAAAACAACACGCCGGCAGUCAUACCCACGAUUUGGGGACGACUUUAUUCUACCAAAGUUUCGAUAAAGGGAGCUGGAUGUUGGAAGAAGACUGAUCGGCGCAAUCCCGAGUACUAUGAUUUAAUUCAAGCUGAAUUCACCUUGGGAAGGGCUCUCAACUGCACAUUCGUUAUGAAAAAAGACAUUAUCAAGGAGGACAUCAUCAGAAAUGUUAGCAAACAGCAUUUUGUUAUGAAAAGGGAUUUAUCAGAGCCUUUAAGCCCUGCAAUUAUCACAGACAUGUCAUACAAUGGGACCUUUGUCAAUGGUGAAAAGGUUGGGAAGGGCAACAGCCGAGUCUUGGAUGACAGUGAUGAGAUAUCAGUCACACAUCCUGCUAUGAAAAUAUUCAUUUUUAAAGAUUUGCUCAAAAAUGAACAAGAUCAAGUGCCAGAUGAGAUAUCCAAAAAGUAUUACAUUUCAAGGACUCUAGGCCAAGGAGCUUGUGGCGUUGUAAAACUGGUUUAUGACAAGACAAAGUGUACCAUGCAUGCAAUGAAAAUAAUAAAGAAAAGCAGAUUGACAAAUGGCCAAAUUAACAGCCUGAAUAAUCCUGAAAAAAUUAUGAACGAAAUUAACAUUAUGAAGACACUCCAACAUCCUUGCAUCAUCACAACAGAAGAAGUAUUUGACUCCCAAGAAGCCGUGUACAUUGUACUAGAGUUGAUGCAGGGCGGAGAGUUGUUUGACCGGAUCACCAAGCAAGGGCACCUCAGUGAGAAGCUCACUCGCUUCUUGUUCAGGCAAAUGGUUCUCGCUGUGAAAUACCUCCACUCUCAGGGUAUCACUCACAGAGAUCUUAAACCUGAGAAUGUGCUACUGGAGAGUAAGGAGGAUGACACAAUAGUAAAGAUAACAGACUUUGGCCUGAGCAAGUUCGUGGGAGAACACACUUUUAUGAAGACAAUGUGUGGCACCCCUCUCUACCUGGCUCCUGAAGUCCUCCGAGCCAAUGGACAACGCUGUUAUGGGCCUGAAGUGGAUGUAUGGAGCCUUGGAGUCAUAUUCUUCAUUUGUCUUGUUGGCUACCUGCCUUUCUCCGGAGACUACAAAGAGCUGUCCCUCCACAAUCAGAUAAUGAGCGGGCGCUACAGGUACUCGGAGGCGCACUGGCGUGGCGUCAGUCUGCAGGGCAAACUCCUCAUGAAGAGGAUGCUCACAGUUAACGUGGCCAGGCGAAUCACCCUCGACCAAAUCCUUGACCAUGCUUGGAUGCAGGAUGCAGAAGUAAUACAAAGAGUAGAAAGACUACUGUCUCAGACAUUGCAAGUUAAAGACUUCUGCCAACUGACAGUCUCAACAAAUUCUGACCAAGAGAACAACAGUAAUGCAGACAAUGUAACAGUUAUCAGGAUACUCGCGAAGACUAAAAGGGCUUUGAGUGACAGCUACAGUUCAUGCGAACCUAUUCCGAAAAAAAUGAGAAUGGAAGUCUGCCCUGAGUUUGAAAAAUACGACACCAGCUCGACAAGCAGCUUAUAUUCUUCAGAAUAAAGUUAGUUUACAUGACAGUAUAAAGGAUUUGUUGGACCUGAUCUUUUGAUCGUAAGUACUUAAUUUAUAUAACAUUUUUAACUGUUGUUUGCUGUGUCAGCAUAAUAGUUUUAAUGCAAUAUACUGGUGAUAUUCAUUAAAAAUGUCACAGCGUUUUCUCCCUAAGCAUUCCUAAUUGAAUUGCUGUACAAAUUAAGUUUAAGCAAACUGUAUGAAAAAUGAAACUUGUUGUAUAAUUCAAUACAAUUUUGCUUAAUAUGUCCAGAUUCAUUAAAAUUGCAAUAGGAUUUAUAUGUCAAUGAUAGUCACUUUAUAAAGGUUUUAAACACCAUUAUUCUCAAUUAUAUUAAGAUUCUAUGAAUAUGAUUUUAUGAAUCUAUAAUGCUACAAUUCGAUUUUUAUUUUGUUUCUCGUUUUAAUUAAAAUGUUACCUAGAUAGUACAAGUAUUGAAUGUUAAAAUUGUAUUGUUGAUUAUUGUUUUUAAAUAAGUGCCAUGUGAAACGGUAAUUGAAGUGAUAUUGAAAAACCAACGAUUUAGUUGUAAUUGUUAACUAAAAUUAGGACAACCGGACUGUUUCAGUGUCCGAUGUAAUUUGUUCCUUUGUUGACAUACUCAAGACAGAUUUGUGAUUUGCAGUGAUAUGUGAUUGCAUAGAUAAUCAGUUACAUGUUAAACCUUUAUUACGUAGAUUCCAGAAAUGUUGAAUUAAUAUAAAAUUGUAUGCAGGUUUGCGAAGGUGAUAUGUUACUGUGUUCUUAGUAUUUAAGUGAAUACUGCAAUCACAAUUAGGAUAGAUACUAAGUUCCAGUGAUUUAGUAUUAAGCUACCUUGAAUCUUAAUUAUAAAUGCAAGAAGGCAAUGGUAAAUUAACAAUGUGUAUGUUCCAUCUGAUGACACGCGUAUCGUAACGGUACGCACGUACCAUUGUAACAGUUAAACCUCAUUUGUUUACUUACUAUGCAAAUUCCGCCUUAUCGCAACCGACUUAUACAUACCAUCAUGUUUAGUUUGGUAUAACUGUAGACUAUCUCGUUUUAACGUAUGUUACUUUGUUAAUUACAUACACAUUAUUGUUUUUUUGAGAUUUAAAUAACAAUAAAAC